CUUAAUCACGUGGGUUUACCUGGGGUUCGCAGCGUCGCGGUUGGAGAAAAAAAGCGGAACGGUUCAACACCAGAAAACGCGCCAAGUACCAUGCCGCUUUUUGUGCAAGCGCGUAGUGGGCUUAGCAUUCCGCAGGUAGUCCCCAGAAUUGCGGGGAAGUUUCCUAGCUAUGAUUAGUAUUCAAAAGCGAGUCGUGCCUCGGUCAAGGUCGGACCGCCUCACACCAAGAUCGUGCUUCAGCAGCCAACCAACGCACCGACGACCUUUUAAAGCUGCUUGUUCUUAAAGUAGAGGAUAUUCGUUUUCUUGCGUGAUUUGGUUGAUAUCAUAAGCCGUUAAUAAUCAGAGGAACUUAACCAUACAACAUACCAACGACAUAUUCGCAGAAAUGUCACGAGCAAAUGGCGGAACGUUGAGUAUCUAUGUGGAUUGUGUAUCUCCAUAUUCUUGGUUUGGAUAUACCAACAUCGUCCGUUAUCGCCCUCUGCUUAACGCCCAUAAUGUCGACGUCGAUACAAUCCCCUUCUUUCUUGGCGCAGCGCGCAUGAAUGCUGGAAACCCCUUUGCGCCAACUCCUAAAUUCAGAGAAGAAUUCUCAGCGCAAGAUUUUGAGACGACCGGACGCUUAUUGGGACUGAAAGUUGUGCAGCCGAAAGUCUUCCCUAUCAAUUCCAUCUUCGCCGUUCGUGUUGCCACCUGGGUUAAAGAUAAUUACCCCCAGGACAAGCUUGAUGCAACGUUCUUAGCUCUAGCCUCGGGCUACUGGAGCAAAGGAAUCAAUGUCUCCUCGGCCGAGGGCAUCGCUGAAGCGCUUGAUGGUAUAUUUCCUCCCGCGGAGUUACAGAAGAUCCUAGAGAAUGCUGUGACGCCAGAAAAUAAGAAGAGGGUUAUUGACCAAACAAUGGGGGCGGGUGCUUUUGGCGCACCUUGGAUAGUGGCGGUGAAUAGCAAUGGGGAAAAGAAGUCUUGGUUUGGAAAUGAUAGGUGGGAUCAGGUGUUUGCGCAUCUCAAUGUGCCUUAUAUGCCUGUGUCAAUUAUUCCCCCAAGCAAACUAUAGUUUGAUAUGGGUAGAGCAAAGCCUACAUAGACUUUGGUUUCAGAGCUCAUAGGUAUCGUGGCCACUGAACUGGCUAUGUCAUGGAAGUUAUACUUCGUUGUUAUGUACAUAGAGUCUACAUUAAGCGCCAUUGAGAACAGAUAGCAAAGAAGACAGUG